UUGUGUUGCACCACAUGUUUUUCCUCCUGGCUUUGAUAGCAUGUAGCCGUUUGUAGUUUUAGUCUAUAAACCCAGUCGACGGUUUUAAAGUUGAAAUACCGGACGCUCAGUGGCGUCAGCGUGAAAAGAAAAAUGCAGUAACUCCAUAUCAAAAACUUUUAUUCUGAAACAAAGAUACAUUCACAUCACGUUUGUGCUGCAGCGGCGACACUCCGCCUGCUAAGGCACCGAUACACACGACUGCGCUGCCACCCUGGCUAGCCUGUAACUGGAAGAGCGGCACCAAAAGAACGCCAGAACAGAAUCAAUAUAUGAUGGUUCAGAACCAGGUGAUCCCUCUGACACUAGCUAGCAAGAAGGUACUCAUCUGUCCUGGCACCGACAUGGGGUCACACUGGACUGUCUCAGGCCCCGCCCCCGCUGUGGUCACACAGACGUCACCCGGAUCACCACCUCCCCAGAGUCACCCUCCUGACUCUGGUGGUUCUGGUUCCCAGGGGCCGAAAAGAAAGGAGUCAAACACAGACAGGUCCAGGCCGGCACGUCCAGCUGGGUGGAGUCUGGUUGGCCAGCGGGUCCCGCGGCCGUGAGGGGUAACCAUAGAGUCCGAGCUGCCUGAGUCUCCUUCAGGUCUCGAGUCUUGUCGUAGCUCUGCACGUCCCAGUGCAGGUUGACAGCCCUCCAGCGGAGGAAAACGCUGCACACUGCUGCCCCCUCGUGGACGAUCAGACCUGGAGAACAUCAGCAGUUCAGGAGGUGGAAAACACACCAACAUAAAGAGCUCUGAUCUAUGUUGAGGAAAGGGACAGAGGCUUGGAGUGGAGGAGGACUGACCGACACAGACCAGGUCCAUGACUCCAUACAUUCCAUAGCAGAUCUGGAAGAGAAGAUCCCGGCGCUGCCACACGGCGUUGGGACUCAGAGCGGACCACAAGAGCCAGGAAAUACUGGCAACCAGGAAGAGGGAGCCCAGGAAGACCGCCACCAUCUGGACCUUCUCCACCAGGGUGACAGUGAUGGACUGCCACUGUGUACCAGGAAAGCUCAGCAGGACCAGCAGAGAGCAGAAGUGAUCACAUGACCACACUCACCUGCCACGGUCUCUUCAUGUUGACCGGGACCACGUGGAAGCGGUAGCAGCAGAGCUCGCAGGUCCAGCAGCCGCGCUCGCUGAUCCACUUUAGCAGGCAGUGGUGGUGCGUGUACCGGACUGUGCCGUCGCAGCGGCACGGGUUGAACAUCUCUCCCUGGGGGAGAGAAAAACCCGGACCACAAAAUCAUUUUGAUGUAAGAAACAGCAUUAGCUUAGCAUGUGUGAUCAAUGCGACUAUCAGAAAAUCCACUGUUAUGGACACUUCAGACAGUUCAGUAUAGACAAAAGACAAGUUCUGGCUCCUCAGAAGGAGGUCGUCCUGCAAUGCAUGCUGGGACAGAUAUUUUGGGAGGGGUUGGACCACUUCAGGUCAAAAAUCGGUUUUUAAGUUUCUCAAAAUUCAGACCUAAAAAUCUCAAGUUAUAGGAAGUUGUUUUUUUAAAGAUAACUCAACAAAAGUGUGCUGGUUACUUAAAAAUCAACAACCAUGUAUUAUUUUUGUAAGUUGAGGCAGAAGAUCCCCUUGAACGUGUCCCAGCUCCGCCGGUUCUGAGAGGACGCUCUGAAGCUGCAGGUGUGAAGACACCGUUCUCCCAGAUCAACAGAUGAGGGGGCGCGCGACAGGUGUAAGUGGGCGGGGUGUGACUCACCUGUUCGGCGCCCUGGAAGCAGAUUCGGCAGCUGGGAGUUGGGGGGCUGCAACCCUCACCGCUGCCGUUGGACCGACAGGACUCCACCCCCGCGCCCUCAUCCUCCUCCCCAGGGUCCGGCUCCAGGUCCUCUCCGGGCCGCGGGACUCCCGCUGAGGUUCCGGCCUCCUCACAGGUGCUUGGUGAACUCGUCUCCUCCUGCACCCCCCCGCCGGCGGGGCCCCCUCCCUCCUCAGCGCUCAUGUUAGGAUGACAGCUGCAUAAACGCCGCGAUGACGCAGCGUUCAGAAUCUGCGCAUCACAAGCGGGACCCGCCCGAAACUGCGGGCCGACGAGGUUGGAGGCGCCUCACUCCCACCGGCCAGAGUCUCCCCGCAGCCUGCGUCCAUCUUCCUGCUCCGACCGACUCUUCACGUGGCACCGCCCACUGACGUCACUUCCGUAUGUAAAGCCCGUCUUUGUUUUUUGGAAGAGGUGCAAACCGCUUCUAAUUUCACGUCGCGCUUCCGCCAAUCACAGAUAAGAUAACGGGCACGCGUCAGUCACGUGACAUUCUAUGACUGCAAAAAGUCACCCGCUUCCAUCUGUGCUUAUUGGCUUACAACAUGUCCUAAAAGAAUAAAACCGAAGCAACCUCUGAUCCCUCUCUCUCACCCACACAGCAACAAAUGCAUAUCAUGAGACCUGCAGUUCAUGUGGUCAGCUCUGCUAAGUCACACACCCAAAUCUCUGCGCUGGAUUCCAAACAGAAGGGGCAGCAGGUCUGGGCUGGACUGUGGAGCCUUCAGGAAUGUUGGAGUUACAGACCUGUUCUUAUCUUGCUGCUUCCUUUUCCAACUCCAAGGAUGGUCAUAAUGUUAUGGUCAAGCAGUGUCCUUUGUCUGGACCUUUUUGCUCAAUUGGUUCAAACAACACAGUGCACUUUCGCUUCCUUUAUUUUCAUGAAAUUGAAAUUUUAAAAAAGCAGUGAGGGACUUCAGGAAGUGGUGAGCUGUCAAUCAUCAUUGCCCCUUUCAAACAUGUCCCCAGCCUGGCUGACACACAGGCGGAGUGCGGGUCGCCCACACAUCAGGACGCAGUAAGGCGGAGGGCGCUGUCAUCUGUGGCACUGCCCCAGAGGGUGAAUAUGAUUCAGAAGUCUGGAUCAGAACAUGACCUGGACCCGGAAAUGUUUCUGCCGAGUGCUGUUGUGGCACAUGCCCAUCUUCAGCAUCCACCGGGACUUCAUCAUCUGGACGUACUGCAUGUCUCGCUGCUGCCGGCCCAGCACGCCGUUGCCUGGGAGACCAGACGGUCAGACUGGGGGGGUAAAGGAGGGCGGCGUGGCCUGACAUCGACACUCACCUGCUUCGCCGCUCCAGCCCAAAGCUCGGUACUGGCGCAAGACCCGGCCAACGGCGCCCCUGUGAGAGGGAACUAGCGCCCUCUCAUGCCCAAAACGCUGCUUGUAAUACCGCAGCAGCGACCGGUGGCCGACCUUUGCCCCUGAAACAACCAUCAGUGAGUGUCGUGGAAGUCUGCAACACCAUUUCCGCUCUCACCUGAAGGCAAGGUAAGCUCCAGAGUCUCAUCGUCGUACUCCAGACUGGUGUGGUCAGGCAGCUCCUCGGCCCCAGGCUCAUCACCAUCCCCCCUGUCCGGGUAGCUGCUCCUGAUGGUGCAGGACACUCGUGUCAACAACUGACCCCCUCACCUCCCUAAACCCAUCGCCUCACCUGAAGUCAUAGAAGUCGGCGAACUCCAGAGAGGCGUCUCCGUCGGUGAAGAGCUUGCAGUGGCUCUUGUCAGUCAUGUGACUCUGCACCGCCUCGGUGGAGUAGAAGCUGCGGCCUUUCUCGUUGCACCACAGACACACGUUGCCGGCCCCGACCUUCUCACCUGCGCAGGCAAGGACCAGCUCAGUUGUUUCCCAAGCUUCACUACCACAGACAUCCCACCCCCCACUUACCCAGGUACCGCACAAGACCUCGCAGGUCCACCAGGAACUCCAGGUCUGGGAUGAAGAAGCUGUGGACACUUGUCAUGUGGGCCACGUUCUUCAUCAGAGACCUGGAGUGAUGGCUGCAGAACAGACAAUCUGUGAUGGGGAUGGAGCCAGGCAUGGUGGAGGGGCAGGACUCAGCUGAGGCCCCCUCCUCCUCCAUCUCCUCUUCAUCAUCUUCAUCCUCCUCAUCCUCCAUGUCCUCGUCCACAUCCUCCCACUCUGGAACAAACAAUUGACUACCACUAGUCAAAUACUCUCCCCCUUUCAUCGCAGAACUCCAAGGUCCAGUUCUGAAUGUGAGUCACAUCAGGUGGUCAUAAUGUUACAGCCAUCAGACACCCACCUUCCUCCUCCUCCUCCUCUUCUUCACCUCCAUCCUUCCUCUUGGCUUGCUCCUCCAGCCACAUUAGUCUGGGGGGUUUCUCAGACUUGUCAGUUCUGGUUUUGGUCUUUGUUGCAGCUGGACUGGGCCUCAGCGUCUCCUUCAGUGCCUGCUGCAGAGCUUCGUUACGCGCGUCUCGGUCCGCCUUCUCGUCGCCGAGUCCCUUCUCCAGGUUCUUCUCAUUGAUCUUCUCCACCUUCCUCUGCGCAGCCAGCAGCGCCGCCUUCUCAGCCUGCAGGUGUUUGUGUGACUGCAGAUGGUUCUGGAAAGCGUUGGCACUGGAGAACUUCUUGUUGCAGACGUUGCAGCCUUCACUCACGGCCGCAGAGCUGAGUUCCGCGGCGGCGCGCUGAGACAGAACACGCUCCUGGAAGUUGUCGGCGGUGACUGGUGGCAUGUCGGCAACUUUGCGCUUCAAGUUGUAGCGGUGCCAGUCCGUCUUGUAGUGGGCCCGCUGGACCUCCCCAUCUGCAAACGCCACUCGGCAACUGAUACAUGUGUAGGAUGCCAUGGCGACCUGAAGGAGGGGACAAGCUUAGUCAUGUCACACUGGAAGCAGAGACACUCAGGUUAAGAAUAACAGCAGCUCUGACAGUGGGACAUGGGAGGUUCCUGAGCCAUCGUGGAGAUGGGAUUGCAAUAGAUUGCAGACAUAGAUGUUCUGAAAAAGUAACUUCAGAAAUACAAGUAGAACUGACUCGCCCACUGCUUCACACCUCUUCAGACAGCGUUGUCACGACGUGGUUAACGUCGAACACAUUAUUACCUCCACCAAGGAGGCGAUGUUAUUCUAGCAAUAUACAGUGUGCGCAGCUCUUAGCUUAGCCACAUUAGCUCACCGAUCGAUAGGACAAUGAUAGAGUCGCAAAGGCCACAGUGGCAAAAACAAACGACUAGAAUCUUACGUGUUUCAAGGAAACUUCAACGAAUCUGAAGACUUUUUUGGUUUGGCAGUCGGAUGUGUUUCUAAAACGUGUUUCGUCACAACACCAACACUUCCUGUCUACUCUUCUUUGGUCGUGGUCCCAAGUGUUCCCCGGCACAGCAUUGCCACCUGUCGGCGACAAAAGAAAACCCCACCAGAACGUUUAUUUUUUUUCAUACCGGACAAACAACUACGUCAAGGAAUAUAAUACCACUCUAUCUGCUUCUAUUGAUUUCUAACUGUUCUCCAAAUUUUAUAUUGGAAUCAAUAAGGAAAAUAGCGAGAUGCAAAUAAGUAUAUAAGAGACCUAAAAGAUAUAUUUGUCCAAAUGACAACAUCAUAUUCAUGCGAUAUUUGUUUGCUGUGUAAAUGCAGAAAACAAAAUUUACUCAUCGGAACUAUCUGUGGUGACGAUGAUAAUGGGUCACAUUUUUUUUUUUUUAAUUUUAGAUGCUUCGAUCAAAAUUGUUUUUUUUAAUCAACUCUUAAGUUGAGCGUUGUGUUUUGUGAGUCGAUAAAGGAAAGGGAAUGAUCGGUUUUGUUAAAAUGCAACAUUUCAGUAAACAGAUCUGACAGUUAUCUAGCUCAUUUAAGAAACAACAAGCAACUUUUCCCCCCAUUUCAGGCCACUUUUCUGGAAUCUGGAAACCCCCAUGGAUGAACACGACGAUCGUCGGUCAAUUUAUUUUUGAAACGCUGCGAUUUUACUUUGAAGGUCGUAACCUAACGGUCACUUCCGGUGGGCGAGUCUGUCAGUGUCGGACGUUCGACACUAGUGGAAGUGUGUUUUGUUUUCGACUUAAGAGGCAUCGCCGCUACAAAGGGUGAAAACUGGAUCGGGAACAUCCGCCAGGCAUGAUGGGAGAUAUGUGGGGAGGGUCGCGGUUUCCAUGACAACCAAGAGCAGAUGGAGAGUCUCCUGCUGACGUUCUCAUCUGCGGUCCGUUUUUCAAACCCGCUUCAUCAUGAUCAACUGAGAAUGGACCUGUUCUUCUCCGGAGCCACAACAAGUUCGCCGGUGAAGCGACGACGGACCAGACACACCUGUCGCCGUCUGGACGAGUCUCUCCUGUCUCCUGACUCGUCCUACGUCUGUUACCCGGCAGACGGCGGGGAAAGUUGCUGCUGCCGCCGCUCGCCACGCCUCCUGACCAACGGCUACUAUGAUGUCAACGACGACAGCUUCCUAUGGGACGACCACGGCAACGUGUCUCUGACGCCGUGCAAGAGCAACGUGUCAUACAAAGAGAACCUGGUCAGGAUCUUUCGAAGACGGCGGCGGCACCGUGGCUCUCUGGCCAAUCUGCUCAGCGAGGUGACAGAGAGCUGCCAGUCCUGGCUGGGUCAGAGCGUCUUCAGAGGAGUGUUCGGGACCGGUCUAGUCAAGGAGCCAGACCAGGUCCCAGCCCAGGAGUCGGACCCGAACCCUGUGGGCUGCACCACUCUGGACGACUCAGUCUGGAACAGCACCUUCACUUACGAUGCCUACGAGGCCCCGCCCCCUUCUGACAAACCAGCCCCUCCACACCAGCUGGUCCAGGAGGAGAUCUCCUCAGAGACAUGUCAAUCACAAGACCCUGACCAGAGGUUCAACCUGUCACCAGCCGGUCUCGCUGAAGUCCCACCCCCCACAGCCUUCCACCCCUGCAGCCUCCCUCCCCCCUCAAGGUCGACGACGAAGACUCUCCUGCUGCUCUUCCUCAUCGUCUUUCUUGCCUCGGCUGCCGUCUUCAUCAGCUCGUGGACCAGUUUCGUCGCCCUGGGAACCGCCACUGCAGUCACCGCCUCCAGCCUUUGGUGGAGGAGCGGAAGGCGCGAGUGGCGGCUAGCGAAGACAGAAGACAUCACAUCGAGAAACGAGUGAGAAAAGGAGGAGGAGACAAAACUUUUAGUGCCAUAUUCACAAUUUGUACGACAGAAGGAUCAGCAAACAGCGCCACCGUUGCCGCAGCAAUCACAAGGGGAAGUUAUAACUGAUGGACUCGUGAUGCUGUGGUGUUGACCUCCACCGCACCACCUUUAAUACGCAAUCAGCACUUCAAUGGUUGGAGAUGUGAUUCUCAGAUGUUUUGUAAUAAGUUUAAUGUGUUUACUUUUUUGCUAACCAGCGUUGCCACGGAGACUGGCUUCUGCAUACUAAGCUUUUUCAUGUAAUGAAUGAAUCUAAGGUCCAGUUGACUCCACUCACCUGCUGACACCCACAUCUGUGAUGUUCUUGAUAAGAGUCGCCCCCUACAGGCAGACAUGGGAGCAGCUGUGAGGUCAAAGACUUUUAUUACGAAAACACACGAGCUGAAACUGAACAAUAAAGUCACUGAGCUGGAGGUCCAGGAUGCUCUUAAAACAAGGUGUGCUAU